AAUUUUGAUGAACUACACUUUUAAAUAAGCCUCCCCUUGGAUUCUGGCCUCCCUCGGGGAGCGAGCAGCAUAAUCUCCUUCUGCUAGCUCACUGCUCCCUCUCCUAUCCUCCAUAGCCUCAUCACUCUCCACAGCAGCAGCAGCAGCAGCAGAGAGUGAGCAGACAGCAAUAUCAUAUCCGCAGCCUUGUUCUUGCUGUUCUCACUAAUCAAUCAAUAAUACCUCUCUUUUCUUGAAAUUUUGAUUUCUUCUUUUUAUUUCCUCGAGAGGAAGAACAUCUUUUCUUCUACUUGUUUGAUGGCAGAGACUUGAUCUUUGUCAAUCUUGUUUGGUUGCUCAAAUCUUUUGGUGGUUCAGUUUGGUUUUUUUUUUCUGAACAUUUGUUUGAUCUGAUCUUUUUUUUUCCUUUUUCUAAUCGUUUCUGAAUCUCUUUUGCUCAUUGGCACCAUCCCAAGAACAACAGAUUAAUCCGCAGUAGAUUUGGAUUAAUAAUUUAAGAUCGCAGUAAGGUUAGAUUAAAACUUGCUGGAUUAAUUAUCUCGAGCUCAAAUGCUGAAGAAGAGGUGUGAUCUGCAAGCUCCCUCACCUCUGAGCAGCGAGCUCGCCAAUGGCGGCGGGGGGCUCCUCUCGCCGAGGUCGUCGUCGUCGUCGUCGUCGUCGCUGCAGGGCUUCUCUCCGAGGAGCAUCUUCUCCGUCGACGACCAGGCCAAGAACCAUCCCUGCGCGAGCCCAAGGAACCCGCUGAGCGGCGGCGGUCAGGUGACCGGGCUCGCCGGAGUUCUCGUCGACGGCGAGGGCGAGCGGCGGUGCUACGGGAGGACCGGCAGGGUGCUGCUCGGGAUGAUGCGGCUCCGGGUGCAGCUGCCUCAGGAGAGGGUGCUCGCCGGCGGCGGCGGCGGCGAGAUGCCGCCGCCGCCGAGCUCGCCGAUCGAGUUCGGCGUGAAGAACCGGGACGCGCAGCUGGCGCUGCUCUCGCCGGUGCAGCGGUCGCCGCUGUCGUCGGCGGCGGCGAGGACGGCGCAGGGCGAGGCGGAGCUCGCCGAGGACUACACCUGCGUCAUCGCCCGGGGACCCAACCCCAAGAUGACCCACAUAUUCGAUGACCUCGUCGUCGAGAGCUCCGCCGCCGGCGGCGACGCUUGCCGCCUCUUCAUGCAGCACAGAGAUGAGAAAGCCUUCUGCAGCAGCCAAUGCCGCUACCACGAAGUGCAUUUCGAUAAAAGGAUCGAUGAAGCAUCGGAUGUGUCAUUUAAACUGAAGAAUUGAUUGGAUCUUUUCUUUUUUUUUUCAGCCUAAAUUUUGGCCACUACCUGCUUAUGAGUUAUGAGUGAGAUUAUCAUUCUUCUACCUAAAUUCUUUUGGUUUGAAUGGAUGCAUGUGUUGUAUGGGUGAGAAAAAAAAACUAGCAGGGUUUGGAGAGCCCUAUUUUUGCUGUAUAAUCAGAAGUUCAGAACUGGUGAUCAUGAGCAAUAUUUGAGCAGUCUUUCCUGCUGCAAAAAUGUUCAUGUUUCAUCACCACACAUAUGCAGCAUUACCCCACGGUCUGCAGGUUGUCUCCAUGCAUCUCACCAAAAAUUCAGAACAGUGAGAAAUGGAGUACUUAGCCUACAUCCUUGUACCCAUUUCCCAAUCUUGCCAGCUAAAAUGGUGAGCACAAAUGCAAUAUUUAUAUGUUGUAAUCUUCAACUAGUUGGAAAUUGGAGCAAAGCUGCAGCGCAGGGAUCUGCACAACUAAAAACUUUUGUACCACCAAAUUUGACACCAUAACAUGUUUUUUUUUACUGCCAAUUCAAAGCAGACAUUGAAGCAUGCGGGCAUCGAGAAAUCUCAUCAGCACAGCAAGUUAAGAAAACAGCAACAACAACAAUAAUAGAGAGGAUGAAGCUAAUUAUGCUCUUAAUCAUCCAAUACAUUUCCAGACAAAACCAAGAACAAACAUUGAUCCUGCAGACUGCAGUGCAGCUGAGCAACCAUUUGUUCAUAUGCCAAUUGUUUUUACUCUGCUUGUUUGAUCGAAACAGCUACUGGAAACAACCAUUUAUUCGGAUCGAGGAUAGUAAAAGCAAAAAAGAAAAAAAGAAAGACACAGAGUUGCUUUGGCUGAUUGGGCGAAAGCUCUAGGACCUGCGAGGCGGCGGGGGGUUGGUGGAGCAGGAGGAGCGGAAGGCGUCGAUGUGGUCCUGGCACUUGGAGCGGUCGCCCUUGUUCUCCUCGAGGCACUUGCGCAGCGCCGCCACGUCGCACGCCGCCGCCUUCUUCUUCGUCGCCGUCCCGUCCCUUCCGCCGCCUCCGCCUGUUCCCGCCUCCGCCUCCGCCGCCGCCGCUGCUUCCAUGGGACCCUGGUGGUGUCCUCUGCAGAGAUGGAUGAGCGGAAGGCUCGAGGUCGCCGGGAGGAGGCACGCCGCCGCCGCCGCCGCCGCCGGGACGCGAGACGCGAGGGGGAGAGAUUGCGCUACAGUUUUCUUUUUUUUCCUCUUUUCUUUUU